GCCCCCACCGUCAAGGGGAAGAAAGUGCUCCUCGGAUCCCCGCUCGCCCUGGCCUCCCGCAGCCGCUGCGGGGGCGGCCGCCAGCGGACCCCCGGGGCGCCCGGCGCGGAGCAGUCGCCCGGACGCGCGCGGGCCUCGGGCGCCGCCGGGACCCCAGCCCCCCAAACUUUGGCAAGUUGCGGGCGCUGAGCGCACCCGGAGGCGCGGGGCGCGGCCGCGGGCGGAGCCGCCCCCUGACGCCGGGCCGCCCCCUCCCGGCCCCGGCCGCCCCGCCGGCUCCGCGGAAAGUUUGCGGCCGCCCCUGCGCCGCGCCCGGGGCCUGGGUGAGACUGCGGCGGCGGCAGGGCGCGGACGGCCAUAUUUGCCGGCGCGGCCCGAGCCGCCGACAACAAAAAGUGCGCGGGCGCUCGGCGAGCGCUCGGACCGGCGCGGGGCCGCCGGGGCCGCCGCGCCGCCGCCCGGCCUCGCCACCUCCGCCGCUGCCCUCGCGGCCUGGUCUCGCCGCGCCCGGCGCGCCCGCCGCCCGGGGUGAUGUCUUACAAACCGAACUUGGCCGCGCACAUGCCCGCCGCCGCCCUCAACGCCGCUGGGAGUGUCCACUCGCCUUCCACCAGCAUGGCGACGUCUUCACAAUACCGCCAACUGCUCAGUGACUACGGGCCACCGUCCCUAGGCUACACCCAGGGAACUGGAAAUAGCCAGGUGCCCCAAAGCAAAUACGCGGAGCUGCUGGCCAUCAUUGAAGAGCUGGGGAAGGAAAUCAGACCCACAUACGCGGGCAGCAAGAGCGCCAUGGAGAGGCUGAAGCGUGGCAUCAUUCAUGCUAGAGGACUGGUUCGGGAGUGCUUGGCAGAAACGGAACGGAAUGCCAGAUCCUAGCUUCCUUGUUGGUUUUGAAGGAUUUCCAUCUUUUUACAGGAUGAGAAGUUACAGUUCAUCUCCCCUGUUCAGAUGAAACCCUUGUUUUCAAAAUGGUUACAGUUCAGUUUUUUGGCUCUGAACCUACAGUCUCAAAGAUUGAGAAAAGAUUUUGCCGUUAAUUAGGAUUUGCAAUUUAAGUAGUUAGGAACUGCCCAGGUUUUUUUGGUUUGUUUUUUGUUUUAUGCAUUGAUUUAAAAGAUGCUCCUAAAGUUAUCUUACAGCAAACUAGUUUGCCUCCAAGACACCAUUGUCUCCCUUUAAUCUUCUCUUUUGAAUACAUUUGUAACUCACAGUGUUCUUUGUUCCUUUUCAUAAGCUAACACCACUCUAGGGAUUUUGUUUUUAAUGCAUAUUGACAGCACGCUUUACUUAGUAGCUGGUUCCCAUUUGCCAUACAGUGUAGAUUCUGCUGAAUGUAACUUCUUUUUUGCUUAAGCAUUUGCAUGACUAUUAGUGCUUCAAAGUCAGUUUUUAAAAAUGCACAAGUUCUAAAUACAGAAGAAAGAGCAACCCACCAAACCCAACAAGGACCCCUGAACAUUUUCAUACUAAGACUGUAAGUAGAUCUCAGUUCCUCGUUUAUUGUAAGUUGAUCAAAACAUCUGGAAGAAAAUGACUAAAACUGUUUGCAUCUUUGUAUGUAUUUAUUACUUGAUGUAAUAAAGCUUAUUUUCAUUAACAAUUUGUAUUAAAAUGUGAGUUCCUGCA